AAACAGCAGCCGUCGGUCUGUUAGCUGGCAGCUGUGUUAGCUGGUAGCUCUGUGAGCUGUCAGUUGAUCGGUCUCAGGUGUUUCUCACAGUCUGGAUGAAACUGAAAUGUGUCCUCGCGGAGUCCCGCUAGUUGCCAGCUAACUGCGCUCCACAGUGGAACCGCGUUAGCCGCUAGCACCUGUAGCUUCCUGUGGAAAGGACCUGCUAACAGUGCUAACCGGCUAGCUGCUGCGUUUCUCAGCCUGUGUGUUUGUUUGUUUGUGUGUUUGUUUAUUUGUUUGCUCCAAUGGAAACACUGAGCAGGUGCCGCGAGCAUGGACACACACCUGGCGAGCCCCUAACAGUGUCAUUUGUGUGAACAGUCCCUUGACUCUCUGCUGGGUGUGAAUCGGACCCUGUGGACGCCUUCAUCACCUGAUCCUGGGUCAAAGUUUUUCCUCGGACCAGACGCCAUGCUGACUUAAAGUCAGCUGUUGGAUUGUGCAGAGCGAGCGGAAUAAUCCAGAGACUGACAUCAUGUCUGAGAACCAGGCCAACAACAAUAACGUCCCUCUGAACAACAACAACAACAACAACAUGGGACCCAACCGCCUCCGCAACCCCAACAUCAACCAGAACCCCCUCAUCAACGUGCGGGAUCGCCUCUUUCACGCCCUCUUCUUCAAAAUGGCCGUCACAUAUGCCCGACUGUUUCCGCCAUCCUUCAGGAGAGUCUUUGAGUUCUUCGUCCUGCUCAAGGCGCUCUUUGUCCUCUUCAUCCUGGCCUAUAUCCACAUCGCCUUCUCCCGUUCUCCCAUUAAUUGUCUGGAGGAGGUGAGGGACCGCUGGCCGAGGGACGGGAUUCUGCGUGUGGAGAUCCAGAGGAACUCCAGCCGGGCGCCGGUGCUCCUGCAGUACUACGACUCCUCGGGCCUCCAGGAGGAGCUGGAAGAGGCUGCGGGAGGAGUGGCCGGGCUCAGCCUGGCAGCGCUGCAGGAGGAGGAGGAGGAGGAGGAGGAGAUGACCCUGGAGAUGUUUGACAACAGCUCGGUGCAGUUUGAGCUGGACAUGGAGCCUCGUCUGAAGCCGUCUCUGAUUGGUGGAGGUGUGGGAAGAGGCGGGGCAUCAGGAGGAGGAGGAGUCAACGACAGCCAGGAUGUGUCCUUCAGUCAGACCACUAAAGGUAUGCAGCCGCUGCAGGACGCAGCGUCUCACCUGGACAUGAUGACCCGAGCAGUGUGGCCUCAGGAGGAGUACAUCGUGGAGUAUUCUCUAGAGUAUGGCUUUCUGCGUCUGUCCCAGAGCACUAGGCAGAGACUCAACAUCCCUGUCAUGGUCGUCACCCUGGAUCCCAUGAAAGACGAAUGUUUUGGUGACGGCUUCAGUCGCUUCCUGCUGGACGAGUUUUUGGGGUACGAUGACAUCCUGAUGUCCAGCGUGAAGGCGCUCGCAGAGAAUGAGGAGAACAAAGGGUUCCUCAGAAAUGUGGUGUCUGGAGAACAUUACCGGUUCGUCAGCAUGUGGAUGGCUAGAACCUCUUACCUGGCGGCCUUCGUCAUCAUGGUCAUAUUUACUCUGUCUGUGUCCAUGCUGCUCCGGUACUCCCACCACCAGAUCUUCGUCUUCAUUGUGGACCUGCUCCAGAUGUUGGAGAUGAACAUGACCAUCGCCUUCCCAGCAGCCCCUCUGCUCACCGUCAUCCUGGCUCUCGUUGGCAUGGAGGCCAUCAUGUCGGAGUUCUUCAACGACACGACGACGGCCUUCUACAUCAUCCUCAUUGUCUGGUUGGCGGAUCAAUAUGAUGCCAUCUGCUGCCACACCAACACCAGCAAACGCCACUGGCUGAGGUUCUUCUACCUUUACCACUUUGCCUUCUACGCCUAUCACUAUCGCUUCAACGGGCAGUACAGCAGCCUCGCCCUCGUCACCUCCUGGCUAUUCAUCCAGCACUCUAUGAUCUACUUCUUCCAUCACUAUGAGCUCCCUGCGAUCCUGCAGCAGAUCCGGAUUCAGGAGAUGCUGCUUCAGAACCAGCAGGCGGGUCAGAAUCAGACCGCCUUGCAGGACAACACCAACAACAACAACACCGCCGCCGCCGCCGCCACGGUGGGGCGGCCAACCAACAACACAACCCAACCGGGACCCAACGCUCCCCAGCCAGGGCCCCACACUGACCCUCACUCCUCUUCCUCCUCUCCUGCUGCAGGAGGCGGGGGGGAGGUGAGGGCAGAGCUGAACUGGGUCACUCAGACGGCCAUCAUCACUGAAGCUUUGUCCUCCUCCAACCAGCUCCCUGACGCAGGAGGAGCAGCAGGAGGAGCAGCAGGAGGAGCAGCAGGAGGAGCAGCAGGA